GUAAAAAUAAAUAGUAAUCAUUAUGAGUUCAGACAAAAAACAAGAAACUCAAAUUACCGAUAAUAGUAAUAAUAAUCCAACCACAAUUACAAAUAAUAAUGAAAAUUUAGAUAAUAAAAAUAAUAAAGAAGAAACUAAUAAAGAAAUCAUAAAAGAUAAUAACAAAAUUAAAGAAGAGAAUAUUAAUAAUGAUAAUAAAGAAACCAUAAAAGAUAAUAACAAUAAUAAUAAUAGUAAUGAAUCAGAUGAUGAGGGUUUAAUUAAAAAUUUAACAAACAGAGAAAUUGAAAUUAAAAAUUUAGUUAGUGGAGCAGAAUAUACAGGACCACCAAAGAAAACAAUUUAUUUAGAAGAUAAUACAGAUAUAUUUGAUCCAAAUGAACCACAGAUUAAAGAAGAUAUUAUUCGUAUGAUUAUUCAGUAUCUUCAAGAUGAAGGAUAUACAGCAUCAUUAUUAACAGUUCAAGACGAAGCCAAUGUCAAAUUCUCAGAACAUGUUUACAAGAUUUCACAAAUGAAAAAGAUGAAGAAGGCAAUUUUAGAAGGAGAUUGGAAUGAAGUUGAAAAACUUUGUGCUAAAAACACAUUCAAGAAUCACCAAUCAUUUUUAUAUGCAGUUUACAAGCAAGCUUAUUUAGAGUUACUAGAAAAACAAGAGUAUCAAAAAGCAUUCUCAUAUUUAACCAAACGUUUAAAACCAUUGGAAGGUCGUCAAAACAAUGCUGAUGAAUUUAAAGAUUUGUGUUAUCUUUUAACAUGUCGUUCAGUUCAAGAGGUUAGUUCCUUUAAGAAUUGGGAUGGUAGCAAGGGCACUAGCAGAGAAAAAUUGGUUGAACAAUUUCAAUCAAUGUUAGAGUUGGAAAAUACAAAAUCAACAGGUGCAUUGUUCCGUGUACCACCACAUCGUUUAAUUUCUUUAUUAAAACAAUCCAUUGCCUAUCAAAUCGAGUUUGGUCGUUAUCAUCCAAAAGUUUUACCAAAAAUUAAAACACUUCUCGACGAUUAUAGCUGUUUUGUUUUGCCAAAUAGUUUAAAGUUCAAUUGUAAUGGUCAUCGUAAAAAUGUAAAAUGCGUCGAAUUUAUUGGUAAUGGUCUAACAUUGGCAUCUGGUUCUUCCGAUAAUACCAUUAAACUUUGGAAUACUGAAAAUGGUAACCUUUUAUCCACCCUUACUGGUAACAACUCUAGAAUAUGGGAUUUAUCUUCAUCUUCAUCUGGUAACUUUUUAGCAAGCGCUGCUGGUGAUGGUAUUGUAAAGGUUUGGGAUGUUCAAUCUAAAACUAAACCACAAUGUCCAUUAACACUUAAAGCUCAUGAAGGUGAUGCUUAUACUGUACAAUUUCAUCCUGGUCAAAACCACAUUGCAACUGGUGGUUAUGACAAAGGUAUUCAUUUAUAUGAUGUUAGAACUGGGGCAUUGGUUAAGUCAUUUUCAGGUCAUACUGGAUCAAUUUCUAAAGUUAUAUUUAAUCCACAUGGUAAUUUAAUUAUUUCAGGUUCAAAAGAUAGUACAAUUAAAUUUUGGGAUAUUGUCAGUGGUGUAUGUAUUAAAACUUUAAGUUCACAUUUAGGCGAGGUUACAUCUAUUGCAACCAAUAGUAGUGGAACCUUUUUACUCAGCGCAUCAAAAGAUAAUAGUAAUCGUUUGUGGGAUAUUAGAAAUGCUCGUCCAAUUAAACGUUUCAAAGGUCAUCAAAAUACAUCAAAGAACUUUAUUCGUAGUAGUUUUGGUCCAAACGAAUCUUUAGUAGUUGGUGGCUCUGAAGAUGGUUAUAUUUAUAUUUGGGAUAUCGAAACCUGUAACAUCCUUCAAAAAUUAGGUACCCCAUCCAAUCAUAUGCCAAUGGUUUACUCUGCAACUUGGUGUCAAGAACAAUCUUUAUUAGCAUCAUGUUCCCAGGAUUGUUCCGUUAAAAUGUGGUGGUAUGACCAAUCAAAACCAGUUUUUAAUGAUAAUUUAAAUUAAAAUAAAUAAAUAAAUAAUAAAUAAUUAU